AUGGCAUCUACGCUACGCUUGGCUAGUUUCGGUCAAUCCGCAACAGAGGACGUAAGCAGUGAUAAAGUAGGAAGAAAGGGGAAGUCAAAUUUCGUUAGUUUCAAACCAGAACCCCUGUUAGAUGAAAUGCAACACCAACUUGAAGCUGCGAUAGGGGGGGCCGAAUGCUCCUCCGAACGAUUCGCGAGUACCAGUAAGCAAACGAUGCAACUGUCGACUCAUCUAACUAAUGAUCCCAUGUCAAGUGGAGAGAAGGAUGUGAAAGUAAUUCUUACGGAGAACAGAGAAUUGCAGUCCCUCAAUGAUUCAUGUAAACGAGAUUUAUCAAGAAGUAAUUUAAACCAUCGCGGACUUAUGAAAUGUUCACAGAAAAGCUCAUCCUUUGCUGUAGGCGAGUCACACAAGUGUAGAUCGAGCAGCCCCGGUGCAACACAAAUCAAUAGGCCGUAUAACAGCCCAGCGAGCUCCAACAGGACAACUUAUCGCAGUUCACGUGAUCUAAGAUCGGAAUCCAAUAAAGUAAUUUCAAGAAGACGAGUUCCGCUUUCAAACAGAAUCAAGAGCUUCUCGGUGGAUGAUAAACAGGACCUUGAUAUCGAUGCUUCUACCUGCAGAUCUACUUUAUACCCAGAUGAGGAAAAUAGUUGCAAAUUUUCAAGCAGGCGAUCCGUACCUUCUGUAAGUCCGAACCAAAUGCAUCCAUGGAGAGCAGGAAAGGAAUUAGAAGAACAUAACAUACGACAAAGCGAACAGACACAGACUCGCGUUAAACUCUCCUCAACGAAAAGCUUUUCUUUGGACGCUCCGGUUACUGUCAUUUCGGAUGACAGUGGGCAACUCAUUUCAGGCGCUUCCAGUCCCGGACAAAUUGGUCUGAUUGCAUGUGUCAAUUCACGAGCACAAAUCCCUCUUCGGUCAACCUCAGGCAAACACUUUAUGUCUACAUCGGCACGAAAUUUAGACACGUGCGUUCGUUUCGUUCCGCAUGCGGCACAUCAUGUAUACGACAGGCGUAAGCCCGCAAGCGUCUAUCCCUUCUUUAUCGAUUCUGCGCCCAUGGUAACGAAAGACAGGUGUGUGACCUUAUAUGGGAGGUCUACAUUCGCUGACGAGAUGUCAAGACCGCAUUACCAGCCAACGCAACGUGGAACAGAGCUGAAUCCCAACUACCUUCCUGGUCGCCCAUUCCUUGCCCCUGGAUGCACCAAGAGGGCAGAAAUGGAUAUUCAAAAAGCACAGGCCGAAGCACCCACAAUAUAUUAUGUGAUAAAGGAAUAUAUCCCAAGACUAAACGAUGAACUUCAGCUUCAUUCCAACAGGAUGGUGAACGUGCUAGAGAGUUCUGAUCCUAUUUGGUGGUUCGGGAUUUGCGAAGGCCGUUCAGGGUAUUUUCCAUCCAGUCACGUGCGAAAGCUGGAAGGAGAAAAAACCAAUUUACAACUGUGAAGUUUUAAGAAGACAAAUAAUGUCAUCAAAAAGGAUUGCAUUCAUCUAUUUUCCCAAAAUGAAUAAUCGAGUGGAUACGAGUUAAGGAACACUGGAUUGCCUAUUGUCGGUUAUGUCGUCCUUCCUUCUGUACAAAUGCCAACAAAGCGGCUUAAACCAGC